AUGAAGCUUCAGGACCAGAUUGUUCUCGUCACAGGUUCCUCCAGGGGUCUCGGAUUGGCGAUUGCGCGAGCGUUUCGCGGCGAAGGGGCACAAGUUGUGCUGAACUAUUUCCAAUCCGAGCCUGAGAAGAUAUCCGGCCUUGCCAAGGAGCUCGAGGCGUUCCCCUUCCGCGCCGAUGUCACCAACCGCGACGAGGUCGAAGCACUGUUCGCGGCAGCCGAAGCGCACUUCCACAGACCGAUCACUACGGUGGUGAACAAUGCCAUCGUCGGUGGAUUUGCGUUCAACGGCGACGCCCGGCCCAAAGUGGCCGAGUUGACGUGGUCGGACUUUGAUUCGCAAUUGCAGGGGUUUCUUCGGGCGACGCUGAACACGACGCAGGCUGCUCUGGCGGGGUUCGAGAAGGCGCGGUUCGGCCGGAUCAUCAACAUCGGGUCCAACUUGUUCCAGAACCCUGUGGUGCCAUACCACGACUACACGGCGGCCAAGGGCGCCUUGUUGGCGUUCACGAGGACGUGUGCGGCAGAUCUCGGUCCCAAAGGCAUCACCGUCAACCUGGUCGCGGGAGGACUGCUGGAUGGCACGGAUGCCAGCGCAAGCACUCCCGCGGCAGUGUUUGACCAGAUCAAGGCCGUCACGCCGCUGAGGAAGGUCACCACCCCCGACGACCUCGCCGGUGCUGUACUGUUCUUCGCCAGUCCGUGGGCCGGCGGAGUCACGGGCCAGCAACUGGUGGUGGAUGGUGGGCUGGUCAUGAACUGA